AUGCUCCUCACACAGACGAACUGGCUCAGGAUGCCGGCGCGCGAGCUGGGCAGCUCCUACGAUGCUCCGCAUGGAGCUCAGGGCGUUGGAACAACUUUAUUGAAGAAACAUAAGAUAUUACCUCAUCCUCGAGAGCCCGAAUACCAUCCUUCAACGCCUGCGGCGAAGCCACGCGAUCUUUCGAUAGAUACAGGAACAUCCUCUUUAACAAGUUCAGAUACAUCGAGUCCAAGGACUUUGAAACAUGCAUCCAGAAGAAUCGGAGUUCCUGUCUUACCUCCAACUCCUCCCACCCAUUCCCGUCAAUCUUCCGGGUCUCAUCCAACGCUUGCUCCCGCGCCUAGAUUUGAUAUAGCCUCUAUCAAGACCUCUGCAGAUUCCCCAUCUACACCCAGCACGCCACUCAAUCAACAGCAAAGCCCUCCUACUCCCGAUGUCACACCCCCUCGGGCAAUGCCAUUGGCAUUUCGCCCCCCCAUAAGCGAUCGAUAUCCUUCUUCCCGGACAGAUUCCUUCAAAACUGCUCGAGAAAAUCCCUACUCCUCAGACGAGGAUGAGGCUUCGACAGUGAGGCCGGUCCUUCCAUCCGCAAGGACCUCAGCAGUCGAAGUACCACAGAUUUCACAGAAGCCCCAGAAACGCAAGGAAGUUGGAUUGGGUCUGGGUCUCGAAUCAGAUAAUGAGGGAACAACAACGCCAAGACCGAGAGUUGAUUCGCAAGAGGAAUUUGUUGUCUUUGAUGGAGAAUGGGGUGCUGCUACUGAUGUAAGCGAAGUAGAACGAGAAUGGGACGACAACCUUAUGAGGAAUGUGACAGUUCGGAAAAGGCCUGGUCGAAACAUGCAAAAACUUCGUUUGAAAACGGAUGGAGCUACGGACAACGUAAUAGAAGACGAUCUUGUAUCCCAAACAAACGCUACAAGAGCUGUCAGAAGCUUGCCUCUCCAAGAGAGAAUCGCUAGGCACCGACUUGCCAGGGACUCAGCUGAUCGCAGUUCCACUGAGAAAUUCGCUGAACGUAUUGCUUGGCCAGCAGCUGUUGCUGAUCCAGAGUCACCUUCAACACCAGACGUACGACGAUUCUCAGCUAUGUCUGGCCGAUCGCUUUCUUCUGCUGUUGUUGAAGCUCUGGUCGUAGACGCUCCUCCGCUCAGACGAAAGACUCUUCGACAUACCAAGAAACACCUGGGCCUCAGAGACUUUAGCUCUGACCAGUCAUCGCGGAGCUCAGCGCCAAAUUCGGUUGUAUCGAGCGAACCUCAACAUCGACUUCAUCAUGCUGCCGCAAGGAUACCAGAGCGUAAACAUCGAAGUCUUGCAUCCAACACCACUUUGAGCACGACAUCAUCUAGCGGCAGAUCCCGUAAAGAAAUAAUGAACAGUGGAGGAAUUCCAGUUGUAAUUGUUCCAGAACGACGUUCUUCCAGCAAAUCAAGAACCCAGUCACUACGAUCCACGAGCAGCAGGAAGACCAAGAGAAGCAUGUCAUUGAACUCUGCGCCCCUAUCUCAAUCCUCGAAGUUCAACGAGCCUGGAUAUUUCGACUCACGUCCACCUAAAAAGCGGACAAUGUCAGAAUCGGCCGGGUCAGGCAACGACUCGGUACGUACCAUAGACUACCCUCCAAGUAUUCCUACGAGGAGGUCGUCUCUUUCUGCUCCGACCAGCCGGAAUACUUCGAGGGCGGGGUCUCUCACGGCGGAAAGCUUGAAUGCCCACAAUAUGAUUCUGAAACAGAAGCAGGACGCAGCUACUGCUGUUGCUACUGCUGCUGAGGGGUCUGUUCAACCUCAACCCCAUGCAGAACUUGAACGAGAUAUCAAUACUCAUACCCCACACCGGCUAAACGUGGACCACAACGGUGACCCGUUCUUUGGGAAAAGGCUCUCAACUCAAGUGACACCGUUUUCACAGACUUCUUAUGAGACUGCUGGGACUACUGCAGAAGUCUCAGAAGCUUUGGCUGUCACGAUAUUCCCUCACCAGAACAAAUCAGUUCUGGUCGUGGAGCACAGAACAUCAGAGGAGAAUUCACCACCAGCUCUCAAGCCUGUUGAGACAUCUCAACCCCCACCGAAAAUGGCUGUCAAUGGCAAAUCAACCAUAGGCCCUGUCACCCCUCCUCAGCCCACUCAUCCCAUGGACACCAUCGACUCCCCGCUCCGCAAUCCUCGUGAUCCACCGGAGCCUCCUGCGAUAAAAUUCAUUCCACCUACGCCUGCUGCUCUUACACCUGGACAAGAGGAAGACCGCCAGUUGGGCUAUGAUAUCGAUGAGCGACCUCUAAGCUCAGACAGCAAGCCAAAACGAAGCAUGUCCUUGAUGCGCCGUGCGUUCAGCAAUCGUCGCUAUUCGGAAACCUCUGCUCAGACGCCGGGCCUUCUGAAACGUACUUUUUCGUUGAGCGGCGGCCGUAGAAAGGAACUGGUAGAUGGCUCAACGCAGACUUCCAAAGAGCAAGCAAAUCCAUCGACACUCUACCCCUCGGUUGCCGAUAGACCUGCAGAUGCCGGCAAACUACAUCCAUUCUGGAGACCAGCUCAUUUCUGGGACGACCUUGAAGAUCGGGAUAGUCUCUAUAGCGAUGAAUAUGGGUACCCAACUGUCGACAACAGACCACCGCCUCCAAAACGGACUCUCAGCCAGAAACUUAAACGUACUUUUGCUAUCCUUCCGAUUGAAGAUGAUCAUUAUGACUAUCAAACCUAUGCUAGAGAUCGUAGGACAGUGAGACGUACACCCAGUGGCAACAUGCGUGUGGUCAAGCAACGAAGCAAUUCGUCGCUGAGGAGAGAUGGCAAUGACAGGAGGACAUAUUCUGAAGUUCGUCGCCCCGUAAGCGGUCCAGCAGAAGGGACCUUUGGAUACGGUUUCAAAGAAGGCAAUGGAGGGCGUGUAGCCACAAUCCCAGGUUUAGGUCUCCGAGUGGAAUAUGUAGGCUGGAGUGGAGUGAAGAACAAACUCAGCGAACGGAGACGAGAAGCACGGAGCCAGAAACUCCGAGCAACGAUCAGCGGUCCAAAGGUAGUCCAAAGCGGGAUAGACGAUGUAUUGAGGAGCAGAAAAUAG